UGCUUGGGAAACGAAGAGGACCUCCACCAGAGUUUUCAUGGCUUCUUCCUUACCAGAACUAUGCAAGCAGUUCCAAUGAUGGAGAACCGACAACCUUGGGCCAUAACAAUCCAGCCAGUGGGCCAGACAACUUGGAUGCUGUCAGCUUGGGUGAUGUUAGUGUGGACGUAAUGCAGACCCCACCUGCACCCUUCCUUGACCCUGCUAUCAGUAUUACUGACAACAGUAGUGUGCAUCCAUAUAUAUUUCAUUGGAGAUAUGAAUUAUAGAAUCAACCCAAGUGAUGCAGUGAAUAUUAGAGAAGUUGCCAGCAGUGGAGAUUUUAAGAUUCUUUUGGAAAAUGAACAGCUGAAUCAGCAGAGGGCUAUAAAGAGAGUUUUCCAUAAAUUUAAUGAAGGAGAUAUCUUGUUCAAGCCUACUUUUAAAUACGAUGUUGACAGUGAUGAAUGGGAUUCAAGUGAAAAGGCAAGGCAACCAGCUUGGUGUGAUAGAAUUCUGUGGUAUGGUGAUGGAAUAGUGCAAAAUGUCUAUCGAUCACAUCCAGCUUUGAAGAUCAGUGACCAUAAACCUGUUAGUGCUGUUUUCCAGGCUGGGAUAAAGGUGAUAGAUACAAGGAGAUAUCGCAGAAUAUAUGAAGAAGUAAUGAAGAAACUUGAUAAGCUGGAGAACGAGUUUUUGCCACAAGUGACUGUAGACACCACCGAGGUUAUCUUAGAACCUGUAAAGUUCCUGCAGACACAAACUAAGUAUCUUACAAUUGCUAAUACUGGACAGGUUCCCGUGCAAUUUGAAUUCAUAAAGAAGUUAAAUGACACAAGUUACUGUAAGCCAUGGCUUUCCAUCAGACCCUUUGUAAAUUUUAUCAUGCCAGGUGAUAAAUGUGAUGUUACCCUUGAAGUUUUAGUGGAUAAGCGGACUGCAGCCCAACUGAAUUCUGGUGCUGAUAAAUUAUAUGAUAUAUUGGUGCUUCAUUUAGAGGGAGGAAAAGACCUCUUUAUUACAAUCACAGCUAGCAAGCAAUUCUGCUUCCCAAAUCAGCUGAUAACCACAACUAAGAGACAAGACUGGCAGUCACCACAAGAGAGUCAGAGGGAGAGGCUGUGCAUGUGCUGCCUCUGCAACACCAUCCCAUAGAUGUACCCCUGAUGCGCCCUCAUCACACACUAAGAGGAAACUA